AUGGGAAAUCAUACAAGAGUGAUAGUGUUUAUUCUGGAAGGUUUGACUGAUGACCCACAGAUGAAAGUUAUAUUAUUUAUCUUUCUUCUUCUCACCUACUUGCUAAGCAUUACUGGAAAUCUGACCAUCAUUACACUCACCCUGGUGGAUCCUCACCUCAAGACCCCCAUGUAUUUUUUCCUUCGGAACUUUUCCUUUUUAGAAAUUUCCUAUACUACUACAUGCAUUCCUAAACUGCUGGUUAUCAUGGCAACUGGGGACAAAACCAUUUCCUAUAACAGUUGUGCCACUCAAGUGUUUUUUGCUUUCCUUCUUGGAGCAUCGGAAUUUUACUUGCUGGCAGCAAUGUCCUAUGACCGCUAUGUUGCCAUCUGUAAGCCCCUGCAUUACACAACCAUCAUGAACAGCAAAAUCUGCAUUCAGCUUGUCCUCAGUUGUUGGUGUGCUGGCUUUUUUGUCAUCUUCCCACCACUCCUCUUAGGCCUGCAGCUCGAUUUCUGUGACUCCAACAUCGUUGAUCAUUUCUACUGUGACACCACUCCCCUCUUACAGAUCUCCUGCUCAGACACACAGUUGUUAGAGACUAUGGGAUUCGUCUCAGCUGUGGUGACACUUGUGGUCACGUUGAUAAUGGUGAUAAUAUCGUAUACCUAUAUUGCCUUGACCAUUCUAAGAAUCCCUUUAGCUAGUCAUAGGAGAAAGGCUUUCUCAACCUGUUCUUCUCACAUGAUUGUGAUAUCCCUUUCUUAUGGCAGCUGCAUCUUCAUGUACAUUAAACCAUCAGUCAAGCAAAGGGUAUCUUUUUCCAAGGGAAUUUCAGUGCUCAAUACCUCUGUAGCACCACUUCUGAACCCUUUCAUCUAUACCUUAAGGAAUGAACAAGUAAAGAAAGCCUUCAUGAAUAUGAUACACAGAAUUAUUUCUUUCUCAAACAAAUGA